CUUGAAAUUGUGCUUGGAGUGUUAGGUAAUGUUUUACUCCUUUACUUGCAUAUUUUUCAUCUGUUCACUGGUCAUAAAACAAGACCCAUUGGGUUGAUUGUCAUUAAUUUGGCCCUUUCCAACACUUUGAUGAUUCUCUUCAGGGGAGUGCCAUGGACAAUGAAGUUGUUGCAGUUGAAAAUUUUCCUUGAUGUCAUUGGAUGCAAAAUCCUAAUUUAUCUGCAGAGAGUGACCUGGAGCAUUUGUCUUUGUAGCACCAGCCUCCUGAGUACAUUUCAGGCCAUUACCAUCAGUUCCAGCAACACAAGAUGGACAAAGCUCAAAGAUAGAGCUCCAAAGUUUGUUAUUCCAUUUUGUAGCUUAUUGUGGAGCCUCGUUCUGAUGUUUGGUGUAGCUGUGUUUUUUCAAACAACUGCUUCUUGGAACAGCACUGACAGUAGACAGAAUAGCAACCUAAGAUUUUGUUCUUUAAAUAGAUACACCAUGACUAUUUCAAAAUUUAUAAUCUGGAAAUCACUUUACGAAGGAGUUUUUGUGUGUUUCAUUGUCACUACCAGCAGCUACAUGAUGUUCAUUUUGUACAAACAUCAUCAGCAAGUCAGGCAAACUCUUGGCAUUAGUCUAAACCCCAGACCUUCCCCUGAGAUCAGAGCCACUAAAACUAUUCUUUUGUUGGUGAGCAUCUUUUUGUGCUUUUAUUCAGUCACUUUCAUUUUUAUUAUUUGUAUGCAAAAUUCUCAAGGUACAACACAAUGGAUGUCACACGUCUCUGUUCUUUUGACUCUAUGUUAUCCAACAUUCACCCCCUAUGUCUUAAUAAGCAGUGACUCCCAAAUCUCCAAUUUUAUUAUGUUUUCCAAAGGAUGA